AUGGAGACGAACGCAACGAAGUUCAAGGUAAUCAGUUUUACUGAAGCACGGACGACGCUAAAAUACGAUUACAGAGUAAACAGUUUCAGCAUGGAUCGAGUAACAUCGAUCAAAGACUUGGGAGUGCUAAUGAACUACAAACUAUGUUUUAACGAGCACAUAAAUGCGACAACUUCUAAGGCUUUUGCCAUGCUUGGAUUUAUUCGCCAUAAUGCACGGGAAUUCCGAGAUGUGUAUGCAUUGAAGACGCUACACUGCUCAUUCGUACGAGCCGUUCGUGAAUAUGCAGUUCAAAUCUGGGCACCUUACCAUGCAACUCAGAUUGCUCGUAUUGAAAGAGUACAACGUCGUUUCAUUCGUUUCGCGCUACGGUGA